CUGAAAAUGGAGAAAAGGCUCCGGUCAUCUCUCAAGACAUCCGCCGACGAAUUCAUCUCAACCGCCGUCAAAUUAACCCUAAAAUCUUCAAAACCGUCGCUGAAAACUAUCAUCUACUCCGUGAAACCCUCGUCGGACCUCUCAUCUUCACUCCCACUCGCUCUUCACAACUCAAUCCUCCAACACACAGAGUCCUUCCAAAACCUCGUUGAAGAUGAUGAUACUACUCCCUCUGUCCCUUCUCCUUCAGAUUCUCCUCCACGGAAACGCCAACGUGGUAACGGAUCUGAACCCGAUUCGGGUUUGGAUUCGGGUCAGCGUAAGCACCAGAUCCUUGGUUCUCUUCAGGUUCUUUCUCAUGUUGUUCAUCUAUGUCUUUUGAAUCCGAAGAAAGCGUUUUCUACUUCGGAUUUACUUCCCGCUGCUCAAAUUUUGCAUAAUAAUCUUAGACUGUUCGAGUCUGAUUCGGUUCUGUGUCUUGAGAUUGCUGGAAUCUGUGAGUGUUGGUGGAAGGAAGGUUUUGUGGGAAGAGAGUCUCUGAUUUCUCAGUCGUUACCGUUUUUGCUUUCGAGGUCGUUGACAUUGAAGAAGAAAGUAGAUGUUCAUAGAGUGUAUAUGCUAAGGGAAGCGUUUACAUUGUUUGAUUUUGAGGAUGAGAGUAUUGAAGAUUUGAGGAUGUUGCUGAUGCGUUGUGUGGUUUCACCUUUGUAUUUGAAGACUGAAGAUGGUCAGAAGUUUGUUUCUUUUGCGUUUGGGCUUAGUCGACAGUUGAUGAAGGCCGGUCUUGCUGUUGUUAAGGCUCAGAUUCCUUUAGGGAGGAAAUCUGUGCUUGAGGGAUUUGGUGGGAUUUUGUUUAGAGCUUGGAAAGAAGUUGAGCAAGAUUUGAAAGGUGAGAUUGAAGAUGGGUUCUUGCAGGGGAUUAUUGAUAGUUCUAUUCACGCUAGUUCGUGCGCCUUUGCUGCUUCUUUAAGGAGAGUUUUGGGAGGGUUUAUCAGUCAGCGGACAACUCAAGGAGUUGAGAAGCUUCUCUUUAGCCUUGCUGAGCCCAUGAUAUUUCGCUCAUUGCAGGUUGCAAAUUCAAAUGUUCGUUUAAAUGCUUUACAUUUGCUUCUGGAUCUAUUCCCCAUGGAGGAUCCUGAUGCAACAAAAGAAGCAAAAGAUACCCUGCUUGACAAACAGUUCUACUUGUUGGAAAAAUUGAUGAGUGAUGAAUGCCCAGAUGUGAGGUCUGUUGCUGUGGAAGGUCUCUGUCGAGUUUUCUAUCUUUUCUGGGAAGUGAUCCCAUCAGCAACAAUUACCAAGGUCCUCACCAAAAUUUUCGAUGAUAUGUCACAUGAAUCGUGCAGUGAAGUUAGACUUUCAACGGUUAAUGGUAUAAGUUAUCUCCUCGCAAACCCACAAUCCCAUGGCAUACUUAAAGUGGUUCUGCCAAGACUUGGGCAUUUAAUGCUAGAUAGUGUUACUUCAGUACGUGUUGCUAUGGUAGAUCUGCUGCUUCUUUUACGAGAUGUUCGUGCUUUCCAGUUUAACACGGUAGUGAGCUUGGAUGUGUUAUUAUCCGUGCUUGCUUCUGACCAGACUCAUGUUGCUAAGGGAAUCGCUCGACUGCUAAUACCAUCAUACUUUCCAUCAAGAAAGAGAGCUGAGGAGGCAAGCCAGCGAUGUAGGACACUCAUAAACAGAAAACCAAUGGCUGGUGCAAGAUUUUGUGAAUUUUUAGUAUCUUUGGGAGCAACCGUUCAAUCUGUACUGCACCUUGUUGGGUUCUUCUUGAAUUCAAUCUUGUCAGGUGAUAAGUUAGAGGAGAACCAGACUGAAGGCUUGUUUCGUGCUGCGUACUAUCUCUGUAAAGAUUUGGUUGCUGAUUCUGAGUGUAUGGCCUCCCUGAAAGAGUUGUUACCUGGAGAAAAAUUGAAAAGCUUGCUAGAUUUUGCACCCACUGCACAGGCUAAGUCAUCUGUCAUUGAUAUCAUUUAUAUGGUCUCCCCUGAUAUUGUCUCUGAUGUCCUAGAAGAUUGCAUGAAUUUAGUUGUCAGUUGUGGUGGUUUGCCUGGUGAUGCAGGAAGACAGACUGAGUUGAGGUCUGUACACAAGUUACUCUUGUCUUCUAAUGCCUUUUGUGACCUCAUUGGAACUUUUACAAAGAUCAUGCAGAAGACUGCGUAUCGUUGUCAGAUUAAUUUUGGCUACGAAGUAGAAAGAAAAAAUGUGCAUUCCAGGACAAGGAAGAAAUCAAAGUCCGCUGGAAAAUCUUCGGCUAGGUGGAAACAUGUUAGCGGAAAACAUGCAAUCAGUUUCGAGGACGAUUAUAUGGUAGCUGUAGGAAUAGCAUGGCAAAUAAAUGAUUUACUCACUAUUGAAGAUGCUCGUAAAGCUAUACUCGAGUCUGAUAUUGAGGAGCUACUCCUUGCCUUAAAAGUUGUCUCCCAGACUAGCAUUCUGCAAGCCACUUGUUGCAAAUAUAUGGACGUGUACCCAGUAUUGGCAUACACUUCUCUUGCUUUGCACGUGGCCCUUCAGAAUGUUAAUACGGAUGCUCAGAAGAAUGAUAUGAGAAUUGCUGAGCAGGAUAUUGUGGACCAAACAAUGGAUCACAUCUUAGACUGUACAGAAGAACUAUUUCAAGCAGGUGACAGUGGAACGCCAGGCACCACAUCUCCAGAGGCUAACCUUAGCAUGCAACCCACUACAAGUAAGGGCAACCAACUGAAACGACGACGUUCAAAUGCUGGUGAUGAUGAUGCUUUUGAGGGAUCAAAGGAAGGAGGUGUACUUAACAAGUUCAAAAUGCUAACUGCGAUUCUCAAGUUUUUUGUUGAGUAUACCGAGAUGGGUCUAGCUUCCCACUUCCAAGCAAGGAUGUUGAAGUUCACAUCUGCAUAUCUGAAGUAUACCAUCUCCAUUUGGAACGACCAUUCAACUGGUAAGUUACAAUUUGAGGAUGCAGAUAUGAAGGAGAUGAUUCUCUGUACAAAAAGCUCCACCAGUUAUAUUGGAAAGUUCGUAAACCUAGUGAUGAGACAUGCAACCAAAGCUUCUCGCCCUUUAUUUGAAGCUUUUGACCUUGCAAAUGACCUGCUUGAUCUCUUCACCACGGUUGAGAUUUCUCUAGGCUCAGCUUAUGCAUCAAAACUUGUGACAACUUUAAACCCUUGGAUACCAGAUUUGGUUCUUGCUCUAGGACCUUGUUUCAUCAGCAACAGCUUAGAAGAAGAAAGCUCAUACACCAGCUCAUUCAACCACAUUAAAUUCUGCUUUCCAUCAUGGCUUUUUACAUUCGCGAAGAUUGAACUACUUGAAAUCAACAAAGAAGAUGAGACCUCGGAAUCCCAUCUACAAUUCCCGGCAUUCAAAAGAGUGAGAAACACCAUAGUUUCAUUGGUGAAAGGUAACUCCAAAGUGGUCGAUGGAAUCGGUUAUUUCCUCUUGAUAUGUUCUGCAGUGUGUAUAGAGAAGAAAGAUUUCAGUACAGCUCUAGGAUUGUUGAACUUUGUAUGUAUGAAACUGGUUAGUAGAGAAGAUAGAGAGUGGAGAGAGCUGGACACAAUGUUGGUCUUACUUCCAAGAAUUUAUCCGAUAAUAGAGCGAGAGAUUGGUGAAGAAAGUGAUGAAGAUGUAGUGAAGAAACUGGAGGCUGCAAGAGAUUUGCUUCAACCUGUGUGGAUGUACCAUGUCUACGAAACCAGAAGGUUCCGCAUGAUGGAGGAAGAAGAAGAAGAAUAGAUAGGAACGUAUAUAUUUGGUGUUAGAUUUUUUCUGCAUUGUAACUUAUAUAUAUUGGUCUUAGAUCAGAAUGUUACUUUGAAUUCUUAAAUCUUAAAUGCAAACUGGUCUUUGAUUC